AAUGGUGACACGUCAUCUGUUCAUCUGCGGGCGCGUCACUGCCGGCACAGUAGAAAUGACCCUCCCGUAACUAAACUUUCCUGGUAUUGUACUAAGGCUGUUCUCAUUUUACGUGAUUCGUGGGACCUGCAUACUGCUUCAACAUGGUGCUUAUGACGAUGAUUGCCAGAGUAGCUGACGGGUUGCCCUUGUCGGCUUCUGUUCAAGAUGACCAGCAGCAACUUGGCGUAGGGAACACGGAAUACCAGAACCAAGCAAAGCUGUUAUUCAAGAAGCUAAAUAAUCAAUCAUUUUCGCGAUCCACCAUCGAAACAGGACCUUACAACUUUCACUACAUGAUUGAGAAUGGAGUGUGCUAUUUAGUACUCACAGAGAAGUCUUUUUCGAAGAGGCUUGCAUUUUCUUUCCUUGAAGAUCUGCAAAAUGAGUUCAACUCUCAGUACGGCUCCAGGGUCAAUUCGGUGAACAGGCCAUACAGCUUCAUUGAGUUCGAUACCUACAUUCAGAAGGCAAAGAAGGCAUUUAUGGAUUCUAGAGCAAGAAGAAAUUUGAGUAGUCUAAAUUCUGAACUUCAAGAUGUUCAAAGAAUUAUGGUGCAGAACAUUGAUGAUGUGUUGCAAAGAGGAUCAGUGAUUUCAGAGUUAGACAGCAAGGCCAGCAACCUGUCCCUUCUGUCACAGAAGUACAAAAAGGAUGCAAGAUAUCUGAACUUACGCUCAACCUAUGCAAAAAUAGCUGCAGUGUCAGUGGUCAUUUUUGUAGCAUUCCUGUACUUCUACAUCUUCUAGGUACACCAAUACACAUAGGUGCUGUGCUCUCGUUGCACAGAAAACAAAAAGUGCUCUGUUGGCACAAACUCCAGGAGAUACUUUCACAUGUAUCGGCUGUUGUCAUACCUGUAUAUACUGAUUUCUGCCUGUCUUUGUACUGUGCAUGCUUGCAAAUAAAUGUGCAGUAAAUGCGAA